AUGGCAGGGCAAUGGCAGCGUGACUUCUUCCUGAUCACCGAAGAUCCCUUCGCCGUGGACCUGAAUACUUUGGACCUUUGGGUCGAAGGUUUGUCCGUGCGGGAAGCCACCGAGCGAAGAUGGAGGGACACAAAUUCCCAGUCUCCGCUUCAGGUCACAGGAAGCCUGGCUCAUCAGGGCUCCUCCUCGGAGAGAGAGAAUGGCAUGGCUCUGCUGGCACAGGACUGCGCCCAACAGUACGAAGCUUUCGAAUUUCUGGAGGAGGCCUUGACAGACCCGAUCCACUUCAUCGACUUUUGUCCCGUGCAGCUGACCCGCGCAGUUCGCAAAGUAUUUGUGCGCAAAUACUACAGCUUGGACAACCACAUCGUCCGCGAAAUUCUCCGCCAACCGCAUAUCCUGAAUGUGAAGCUGCAGGGUGGCGGGGACAGGAGAGCCAUGUUUGAGGUGGAUCAGAUCGCACGCGCCAGCGAGCAGCGCUCGAUGAAAGUCUGCCGCAUCAUCAUGAACCUUCAGAGGGUGGGGCGUUGGAUCGAGCACGCCACCCAGCGCCACGGAGAGGACGAGAUUCCUUAUCCGGGCGGGAGGCUCCAUGUGCCUGAGAUGGAGGCUUUGCAAGAGCCGCUCUGCUGGCGGUACCGCAGCUUGAUCUUUGUGUUGCUUGCAAAGUUUGAUUUAAGCAGCAAGCUGUCCAAGACUCUGCAGACAGAGCAUAUUGAAGACGUGGCCGCUAUCUUGCUGGCCAUUGGGGGCUUGCCGGAGCCAACGGACAGGAGCCGACUGCUCCCCAUCAUCCCCAUGCUUCGGGGCGAUGAGGUGCUGACCACCUACAGCGCUGCCUCCACCUUGCGACAGUCCGUGCUUGAUGGGAAUGUCAGGGAGCAGCUGCAGCAGCUAGACAAACACGUUUUGAGACGACGCUUCGACGACUUCAAGGCGAUCCUAGUGCAAGAGCUGGAGCAACGAGGGGAACAGCGAGGCGAACGAGAGAUGAACGAGAGGCCGAAUCAGUCCCAACAGAGUCUUCCUGGAGGGUCGGGAGGGGGGUCCGCCGGAGCAGGCGUGUCAGGUGGUGGGAUCUCGACCGGUGCCCUUCCCGACGAAAGCCGGGUGGGAGGUCUAGUGGGGGCGGGUAUGACCUUCUUUCGUGGCGGACGACUGGGGAAGUUGAAGUCCUCGAAGCUGGAUCCUAUGGUAGCUGCGCUGACAGCAGGUGUGGUUACCUUGCAUUCCGUUUCCGAGUUCUCCUCGUUCUUUGGAUUCCUCGCCGAGUUUGUUGAGAAGUUGCGGCAGUUCGAUGCUGUCGACCCAUUGGACGUCUUCCAGCGCUGCUACACUGCGAUGGAGACCUUGGCAGAGCGUGACAGGACAGAGGACAGAAAGAGGAACGAGCUUUGGCCAGGUUGGCUGGAGGCCUGGUGCAAGUUUCUGGAGUUCUAUCGCGCUUGUGCAGCCUGCUUGCUCAGCAGCAGCCAGCCUUUGCCGCACCCCACCCACGGGAGCAGAGAGCUCGACCCGGGAGAGCAGGGGGCGGUGGAUGUUAGUGAGGGGACACCUGGUGCCGGAAAGGAGAGCUCCGGGCCUUACACGGAGAGUGCCGCGCGCUUCGAAGCGGUCAUUUUCUCCCCAACAAUCCUUCUGAAGGUUUUCGGCAAGACGGAGUCAUUGACGUCCCUGGCCGUCCAUGCUGCUGCCACGAUUUUGGUGACAAUCGUGGGCAAUGGCGCAAGCCUGGCAGCAUUACGCUGGAUUGGGGCCAAAACGCUGAACACCGCCGGCUUCGUUGCCAGCUGCCUGGCUUUCUGUGCUUUCGCUCUGGCGUAUGCAUCAUUCCAUGACAAGCACUUGCUGCAGUUCGCGCUCCUGUGCAUUGUUAAUUUCACGCUCUCUAUGAACAACAUCUCCACGUUCAUGCUUCCAGUGUUGGCCUUCCCUCGCAGCGUGCGGUCCACCUUCCAUGGCAUUUCGGCUGCAGCCGCCAAGCUUGGCGCCAUGGUGGGGACGGUCCUCUUUCCUGCGCUCGAAGGACGCGGCAUCCCUUUCGUGAUGUUCACUCAGGCUUUCGUGUGUGGCAUGGGGGCUUGCUGCAGUCACUGGUUCUUGGAAGUCGUGGAAGAAGACGUUGAUUGGGAGGAGCAGGUGGAGUUGCAGCUGGUUGAAGCUAUUGGUUUGCCAGAAUCGGCGCAGGAUGCUGCAGCCCGCGAAAUGCAGGUGAAGGGCGGAUGA